AUGUACGCUAAUAAUGUGAGCAAUCUGGACCAGAUCUUAUCGUCUUUACAGUGUUAUCCCCAAAGUUCUCGUGUACGUGAAGACGUUUAUAAUCUUCUUGGCCAAAUUCCGUCACUUCAGCCAAAUUGUGGCACAUUUGCUCAUAAUGAUGGCACAACAAGUACAUUACUGAAUUUAGAAGGAACAAUUCCUAUUUUCUAUCGUGUUUGUUUCGUACGUCCAACGGCUGAUAUGAUGGUAAAACCUGGACAUCCACAUGUAACAAGUGAUGGAUACGUGAAGAUUCCAUACAUUGCAGAGUGGAGACCAGAUUUUACAAUGCUCGAGUUAGUAGCUCAUAUGUGCUCUAUUUUUGGCAAUAUGCCACCGGUUUUUCGUCGACCAGUGAACUUACGACCAACGUCAUAUCCGAAUCGACUUGAUGGGAGUUCUUCAGCUGGUACAAGUGGUGAAAAUGGCACGGAUGGAUAUUUUCAACAGGGUUCGUACGCACAGACACAUCCACCGCAGCCGUCACCGUAUUAUUCCUCGCAGUUUCAGCCCCAGUUGAGACAGGACGUGGCGACAGCUGGAGGACUUCGUGAAGCUGAUUCAAGUUUUCGAAGCAGCCAACAAUCAAAUGGAGGAAGGUCAUCGUUAUCAAGUUCUAGUGGAGCUGUCUCAGGAAGGACAUUAGAUGAGAUGAAACCAGAAGAUCGCAUUGUUGCACUAAAAGCUGAAGUGACAGGGAAGAUCCAGAUACAAUUGGAAAAAAUCUUUAAUCGCGUACGCGACGAUAUUGAUUUGCAGUUUGAGCAUGCGGUACAGCUUACACAAUCACGGGAGAAUGUCGAGCGCGGGCUACAGUCAUUGCGUUUCCUACGUGAUGACAUUGCUCGUGCACAAGGUAUUCUAGAGACGCAGGAUAAAGAAAUCACCGCUUGGCUUGAAGAGAAUGAAGACAAAGAUACGGUGGACCCAGACACGAUCUUGAUUGAAGGCGAUAUUCUUUCUAAACAAAUGGUCAAGACGUUGGCAGAACAUCAUUCAAUUGAGGACGCGUUAUACUACAUGGAUCGCGCAUUGAGCAACGAUGAGAUUGAACUAUCUGUAUUUUUGAAGGAAGUACGGAAACUCUCGCGGAAACAAUUCAUGUGUCUGGCACUUGUACAGAAAAUACAUGCGAAACAACAAGAGCUUGCGACGUAA